AUGCCUCUCAUCGUCUCUACCCCAGCCAGCGGGGGCGUGUACAACAACAGCAGCAUCAGCAACUUCACCCUUAUCCAAACGAGUGCAACGGGGGAGAACUGUGAGCACUUCUUGUACGUGCGCGGCCUACGUAUGCUUACACUGAGCUCACUAGGCCUUCUGUCCUCCCACCCCUAUACGUUAUGGCUAUGGAUCGUCCUCGCGGUUUCCGCCGCCGGUUUCUUGGCAAUCGCCAUCAGAAAAGGAACGAGGGCCGUCAACAGCCUCACACAAGCAAUAUUGGCCGCGGGCACAACCGCUCUCUCGGACCGCACCGCCCUUCUCCCGGCGCCUCCUGCUUGUACUCCAAGCGACACUCCCACUCCAUCCGAGCAGCCCCCGGAGGACUCAGGAGGAGGGAACCAUUCGGGUUCCGCGGGGUUUGCGGGGCUCAGGACAGCGUCGCAACGCUGUCGUGCCAAGGUCAGCGCGGCGGGGAAGUUCGUCCUCGGAUGUGUCUUCUACGCCUUCUACGCGUCCAUGAUGGUGCUGGGCAUCGUCUACGCCGGGGAUGCUCCGUCGUUCGAGCUGCCUGCCCCCGUUCUCGCCGUGCGAGGAGGACCACGUUCUCAGUGA